CAUCCCAUGCAGCCCGUCGCUAUAUAUACUAGCCUCAUUUCCAUUCCCAUUUCUUUUUUUUUCAUUUCCAUCCUAUCUCAUAAUUCACACAUUCUUCACUCCUUCACCCCCUCUCACUCUUUCUACACCCACAUACACACCCUUCCACUAUGCUCCCACGUACCUGCAUCCUGGCCACCGCUGCUGUAUUCAGCGUGCUUGCUUCCGCCUCCGUCCAUGGAGUUGCCAUCACACAAAACACGGAUCUAUUGAGACCUGACAUGGCAAACGUUAUCCAACCUUCCUUAAUCUACCGUCGCCGCAAUCACGACAGCGAUGGUGGGCGCGGUGGUAAGCACGAUGGUAGCGAGCAUGGAGACCAUGAGAGCCAUAGUGGCCACCGAGGAGACAGUGAACACGGCAAGUCCUCUGACAAGGGUGAUAAAAAGAAUGGUAGCAAGGACUCCAAGGGCGAUGAUGGCAAGUCUGCUAAGAAGGGUGAUGGUGACGAGUCUGCUAAGAAGGAUGAUGGUGACGAGUCUGCUAAGAAGGACGAUGGUGACGAAUCUACUAAUACGAGCGCGGUGAAUGAUGGGUCCGAGCAAGACGAUCCAAAUACCACCGAGCAAGACGAUCCGAGUACCACCGAGCAAGACGAUCCAGAUGCCACCGAGCAAGAUGACCCAAAUGCCACCGAGCAAGACGAUCCAGAUGCCACCGAGCAAGACGAUCCAGAUGCCACCGAGCAAGACGAUCCAAAUGCCACCGAGCAAGACGAUCCAGAUGCCACCGAGCAAGACGAUCCAGAUGCCACCGAGCAAGAUGAUCCAAAUGCCACCGAGCAAGAUGAUCCAAAUGCCACCGAGCAAGACGAUCCAAAUGCCACCGAGCAAGACGAUCCAAAUGCUACCGAGCAAGACGAGCCUGUUAAUACGAGCGGGGUGAAUGAUGGGUCCGAGCAAGACGAUCCAAAUGCCACUGAACAAGACGAUCCAACUGCCACUGAGCAAGACGAUCCAACUGCCACUGAGCAAGACGAUCCAAUUGUCACUGAGCAAGACGAUCCAACUGCCACCGAGCAAGACGUUCCAACUGCCACCGAGGACCCCACUUCUGAUGCCGAUGCCAUGACCAGUGACUCAUCGGCCGCGCCCACUACCGUGGCGGGCGCCACUUGGACUGGCACGACCGGCGCCUUGGCGACCCCGACGCCAACAGUGACUCCAGCAGCGACCCCCCUCAGAGUUACAACCACCGUAUCUGUUGCGACACGCAUGCCCACAGCUGCUACCACCGCUCGUCCCGUGACUUCUUUCCCUUCCACAAGCAACUCUUCUGCCAGCAACAAAGCCCACGGCCAGACAGCUCUUACAGCGCUGGUCAUUGCUGUUGUAGCCUAUUUCUUCUAAAGGGGAAAUGGUGCAAAAACCUACUUCAUACGCGUCUCAUGCUAGUCAAUACAUAAAGUAAUUUGUGCAACUCUAUGCGAAACCUAAGUAAACCUAUGCAAGCCU